AUGUCGAGAGGCGGGCGAGGCGGCGGGCGUGGUGGUAGAGGAGGAGCGAGAGGCGGACGUCCAAAUGUGCCUUGGGAUACUGGCGACGAGCCUGAUGCGAGGCCAUCAGAACUGUUCCCGCCCUACACUGUCCCCACGCCACGAGAUUUAACGACGGCCGAAGCCAGUGCGGUCCAGCACUUCCUGCUUCUGCGACACCAAAUACACGCAUCACCUCUCUACACCUCAAAGCGGACAUCCCUCCACGAUCCGACCACACCAAGGAAGAUGUAUGGCCAAGCACAGAUGAACGCUCGGUACGGCGUGAAAAACAAGGCCUCGGUUGACCCUUUCACUGCCAUGCCGACCUACUCACAGAAGUUUGUUCGCGAGGACCGCGCCUUGCCGGACUGGUCCGCCCGCCCCGUGUGCCGCGAAAUGUUCCCCGCAGAGUUACUAGACACCGUCGAGCCCCAAGACGGCGUGGGCGUGCGCAAAAAGAGGCGACUAGAACUCAGCAAAGUCAGCGCCUUGCCCAACGCCGAAGAGGCGUUCGGAAUGCCGUCAUUGGAUGGCGACAUUGACGGUGACGGAGAAGGAGGCGCUGCUCCCAGUGCGGGCAAGAACAUCUUGGAGAAACUCGACGCUAUGCGGGAGGACGAAGCUGAUGAGGGGUUGGAUGUAGAAGACGACGAGGGACUGGAAGAAGAGGAUGAAGAUGAAGUCUACGAUGAUGAGGAUGCUGGUGACUAUGAUGCCGAGCAUUAUUUUGACAACGGCGAUGAGAUGGGCGAUGACUAUGGUGACGGAGAUGAUGGCGAGGGGACAUACUAA